GGCAUAUGCACCUAUAAAUUCAGGUUUGACAGACCGGUUCCACCAUAAUCAGGUGGAAAACACACUUGCUGGAUUAAACCCUGGAUGGAAAUAAUUAUUUUGCUUUUUGUCUGUACAAUUUGGACUAACAAUUUCAUUUUACCAGAAGUGUUGCUUUGCUGGAAUGCUGCUUUGGGACACUGAGCCACAGUUUUUUAUGGCCAAAGGUGCUGAAAUAUUUAAAACAAAAGACAAGAGAGUUAUUCCUUUGGAAGAAACUUAAUCCCGAAUCAGCAGUCUGCUGAGGUGGGAAAACACAAGAAGCUCUAGAUAAAAAUAAAGUAAAUUCCCGUCAGAAGUGUAGAAAAAAUGGUUGGAAUCAAGCCUACCGACCUGCCGCCAACUGCUGCUGUCAAGUUUUUUGGAGCUGGUACGGCAGCAUGUAUUGCUGAUCUGGUCACUUUCCCCCUGGAUACAGCAAAAGUGAGACUUCAGAUCCAGGGAGAGUCUACAGCUGCCUCAGGGUCAGCUGUGGUGAAAUAUCGUGGUGUAUUUGGCACCAUCACCACUAUGGUCCGUACAGAAGGCGCAAGGAGUCUGUACAAUGGCCUGGUGGCAGGACUGCAACGACAAAUGAGCUUCGCAUCUGUUCGUAUCGGCCUUUAUGACUCAAUGAAGCAAUUCUACACCAGAGGAUCUGAGAACGCAAAUAUUGUGAUUCGCCUCCUGGCUGGUUGCACCACCGGGGCUAUGGCUGUUGCAUUUGCGCAGCCCACAGAUGUCGUAAAAGUGCGCUUCCAGGCUCAAGUGCGUCAGUCUGAUGGAUUAAAGAGAUACAACGGCACAAUGGAUGCAUAUCGGACUAUUGCACGGGAUGAGGGUGUACGGGGACUUUGGAAGGGCUGCAUGCCAAACAUCACAAGGAAUGCCAUUGUGAACUGCGCAGAACUGGUUACUUACGACAUCAUCAAGGAACUCAUAUUAAAAUAUGACCUUAUGACAGAUAACCUACCCUGCCACUUCACCGCUGCAUUUGGAGCUGGUUUCUGCACCACGAUUGUGGCGUCUCCAGUAGACGUUGUAAAGACCCGCUUCAUGAACUCAUCUGCAGGGCAGUACAGCAGUGCACUUAACUGUGCCCUCACUAUGCUGACCAAAGAAGGACCAACAGCUUUCUAUAAGGGCUUCAUGCCCUCCUUCCUGCGCUUGGGAUCCUGGAACAUUGUGAUGUUCGUCUCCUAUGAGCAAAUCAAAAGAGGUCUUACUAGAAUGCAGGUCUCGUGGGAAUCACCUUUCUGAAUGGACACUGUCAUUAUCAUCUGAUUUUGAUUAAACAGAGUGCAAAUAAAAGCCAAGUCCUCUGUUAUGAGAAGAAAGGGAUUCCCGGAUUAAGUCUUAUGACUGAAAAAGGCUGGAACUUUUUAAGGCCAAAGGUCAAGCUCAUCAAAAAUCAAAAGGACGAGCUGCUUGACUGAGAAAGCAAAAUGCACAUAUUUGUCUUAGUUUCAAUGUAACUGGAUACUAAAAGAUGUGGUAUUAUCAAUUGUAAGGAUGUAUGAUUAUUGUUUAUGUGUAUGCUUUAAAAUAUGUUGAAAAUGGGUCCAUAGCUCUGGCGAAUGAAUGUAUAUUUCUACUCAUAAACUGUGCUUUAUUGGAAAAUAAAAAUUUUUAUGAUACUGUUUCGAUUAAUGAAAUC